CAUAGAAUAGUAACGUAACAAAAUGUAUUCUGUCUCUUAAUUUUCUGUGAAUAAUGUUGCUUCAAUACAGUUAUGAAUUCAGUGGGACAAGGAGAGGAUUUUAGUCCUACACCGGGAUGCAAGUUUGUUAAUACCAUGAGAGGUUCAUGUUUUACCGCAAUCAGUUUUGAUGAUCUGGUCUUAGAGUUUUCUCCGGUCAGGGAAAUGAUCAACAAGCCACAGAAGUGUAAACUAGACCUAUCAGAUAAGAUGGCCUUAGAGGAUCAACAAGAUAAGGGCAGUUCCAAGAUUAUUAGGGAAGUGCUUUCGGUCAAGAAUGAUGAUAUUAAUCUCCCAUGGCUCAAAUGGGAUAUCAAAGAUGUUACUCCUUUAGCAAGCCAACCCAGAGAGGCUAAAAGUCACCCAACAUCCAGAUUUGACAUGGCUAGAUUCUGCUAUUUCAAAGACUAUGAUUUUCAUAUAUGCCAACUUGCUCAGUCAGCUUAAGUGGAAAGCUUUAUACUUGGU